UUGUCAACGGAAGACAAAUGCAAUCGUUUCGAUCACAUCCACGACAUGUUCGAGAAGGCGAAGGUCUUGAGCGACGAUAAGGUGCAGUUAGCGAUGCAGACCUACGAAAUGGUCGACAAACACAUCCGCAGACUCGACACAGAACUCACUAAAUUUGAUAAUGACUUGAAGGACACACAGUUGACCAUUCAGUCCGCAGAACCGGUCACUCAUACCGCCGAAGACGGCAAGAAAAAGGGCAGAAGGAGUGAUAAAACUAAGAGCACGGGAUUUAACCCAAAGAACGUCAUUAAAACUGAAUCAGAAAAGGGAAAGAAGAAACAGGAGAUGAAAAUGUCUGAAAGCAGUGUCUUAGCCAAUAGUUCCGUUGCUUCCGUUUUGCCCGCAUUGAUGGCUAACUCUGAUAUUGGCCUCGAUAUGGCUGUGGAUCCA